CUCUUCACAUUGAUUCGUUCGUUCCACCGUCCGUCUGUUGAGUUUCCUCGUUUUCUUCGCCAUCAUCGCCCUUCUCUCUGUCUCGCAUUUUGUGUUGUCUACUUUUAUUUCUCUUCUGGUGUUUGUUGUUCAUAAAGUGAGUGAGUCAGGCAGGCCGGUCGGUAUUCAGGAAUAAAGCCCACACUGUUUCUCUCUCUUUUUUUGUUUGUUUGAUUGAUUGAUUCAGUUCAGUUCAGUUCAGGUUACGUUGUUGAAGAAUCAAUCAAGAAUGGCGGAGCGUGUUCUCACUCGCGUCCACAGCCUCCGUGAGCGGAUGGACGCCACCCUCGCCGCCCACCGCAACGAGAUCCUGCUCUUUCUCUCCAGAGUUGAAGCGCACGGGAAGGGAAUCCUCAAGCCCCACCAGCUGGUGGCCGAGUUCGAAGCCAUCUGCCCCGCCGACAAGGAGAAGCUCCAGGACCACGCCUUCCAGGAGGUCCUCAAGAGCACCCAGGAGGCCAUCGUCCUCCCCCCCUGGGUCGCCCUCGCCAUCCGCCUCCGCCCCGGCGUCUGGGAGUACGUCCGCGUCAACGUCAACGCCCUCGUCGUCGAGGAACUCUCCGUCCCGGAGUACCUCCACUUCAAGGAGGACCUCGUCAACGGAACCUCCAAUGGCAACUUCGUCCUGGAGCUCGACUUCGAGCCCUUCACGGCGUCCUUCCCGAAGCCGACCCUCACCAAGUCGAUCGGCAACGGCGUCGAGUUCCUCAACCGCCACCUCUCCGCCAAGAUGUUCCACGACAGGGAGAGCAUGUCCCCCCUGCUCGACUUCCUCCGCCGCCACCACUACAAGGGCAAGACCAUGAUGCUCAACGACAGGAUCCGCAACCUCAACUCCCUCCAGACCGUCCUCAGAAAGGCCGACGAGUACCUCACCACCCUCCCCCCCGAGACCCCCUACGCCGACUUCGAGCACAAGUUCCAGGAGAUCGGCCUCGAGCGCGGCUGGGGCCACUCCGCCGACCGCGUCGCCGAGAUGAUCUCCAUGCUCCUCGACCUCCUCGAGGCCCCCGACUCCUGCACCCUCGAGAAAUUCCUCGGCCGGAUCCCCAUGGUCUUCAAUGUCGUCAUCCUCUCCCCCCACGGCUACUUCGCGCAGGAGAACGUCCUCGGCUAUCCCGACACCGGCGGCCAGGUUGUCUACAUCUUGGAUCAAGUCCCGGCAUUGGAGAAGGAGAUGCUCAAACGCAUCAAGGAGCAAGGACUCGAUAUCAAGCCGCGGAUUCUCAUCGUGACUCGGCUGCUCCCGGAUGCUGUCGGAACCACCUGCGGCCAGCGCCUUGAGAAGGUGUUCGGUACAGAGCACUCCCACAUUCUCCGAGUUCCAUUCAGGACGGAGAAUGGAAUCGUUCGAAAAUGGAUUUCCCGCUUCGAAGUGUGGCCGUACAUGGAGACCUUCACUGAGGAUGUUGCUAAGGAGAUUACCUCAGAGCUGCAGGCGAAGCCCGAUCUGAUCAUCGGGAACUACAGCGAGGGCAACCUCGCCGCCUCUUUGCUAGCUCACAAGCUCGGCGUCACACAGUGUACCAUUGCUCAUGCUCUGGAGAAAACAAAGUAUCCGGAUUCGGAUAUUUACCUGAAGAAUUACGACGAGAAGUAUCACUUUUCCUGCCAGUUUACGGCGGAUCUGUACGCGAUGAACCACACCGACUUCAUCAUCACCAGUACCUUCCAAGAGAUUGCCGGAAACAAGGACACUGUCGGACAAUACGAGAGCCACAUGGCUUUCACAAUGCCGGGAUUGUACCGAGUCGUGCACGGCAUCGAUGUCUUUGAUCCCAAAUUCAACAUCGUCUCUCCCGGGGCUGACAUGAACCUUUACUUCCCGUACACCGAGAAGCAAAAGCGACUCACUGCUCUACACCCCGAAAUCGAGGAGCUUCUCUUCAGCGACGUCGAAAAUGAGGAGCAUCUAUGUGUGCUCAAGGACAGGAACAAGCCAAUCUUGUUCACCAUGGCGAGGCUCGACCGUGUCAAGAACCUGACGGGGCUUGUGGAGCUGUACGCCAAGAACCCAAAGCUGCGGGAGCUGGUGAACCUUGUUGUAGUCGGGGGCGACAGAAGGAAAGAAUCCAAGGACUUGGAAGAGCAGGCGGAGAUGAAGAAGAUGUACGAUCUGAUCGAGACCUACAAGCUGAACGGCCAAUUCAGAUGGAUUUCUUCCCAGAUGAACCGUGUCAGGAAUGGCGAACUUUAUCGCUACAUUGCUGACACAAAGGGCGCGUUCGUGCAGCCUGCUUUCUACGAGGCUUUCGGGCUGACUGUUGUCGAGGCCAUGACUUGUGGUUUACCAACAUUCGCGACGCUGCACGGUGGUCCGGCUGAGAUCAUCGUCAAUGGCAAGUCGGGAUUCCAUAUUGAUCCCUACAAUGGCGAGCAGGUUGCCGAGACACUCGUUGCUUUCUUCGAGAAGUGCAAGAAGGAUCCAUCGUACUGGGAAAGUAUCUCUGAGGGCGGCCUGAAACGAAUCCAGGAGAAGUAUACAUGGCAGAUUUAUUCAGACAGGCUGUUGACCUUGGCCGGAGUCUACGGUUUCUGGAAAUAUGUCUCGAAGCUCGACCGCCUUGAGAUCAGACGCUACCUUGAGAUGUUCUAUGCGCUUAAGUAUCGCAAACUGGCUGAAGCUGUUCCGUUGGCUGUCGAGUAAAAAGACGGGGGCGACGAUGACAAUGAAGACCUGCUGCUGCUGUAAUAAGAAUGGAAGUUUCUGGUGUUGCCAUUGCUGCUGGAAUAUUGAGACUCUCUGUUUUGUUCUCUUUGCCUUUCCCCAAAUUGAGUGUCGUUGUUUUACAUUUCCCCUGUCAGUUUUUUUGGUGUAAUCCUUGACAUUUCUAUUGUGCAAUAACAACAGUCCAUACUAUUUGGUCUCUA